AUGGCCGAUACCUCUUCGCACAGACUCGAUCUCAGAGUGGGCGGCAAGUACAGGCUUGGGAAAAAGAUAGGGUCUGGUUCUUUCGGUGACAUCUACCUUGGAAUCAACAUCAUCUCUGGCGAGGAAGUCGCCAUCAAGCUCGAGUCCGUCAAGGCAAAGCACCCCCAGCUCGAAUACGAGUCAAAGGUCUACAAGACCCUCGCUGGCGGCGUGGGUGUUCCCUUCGUCCGAUGGUUCGGCACAGAGUGCGACUAUAAUGCCAUGGUUAUGGACCUCCUCGGUCCUUCCCUUGAGGAUCUCUUCAACUUCUGCAACCGCAAGUUCAGCCUCAAGACUGUCCUCCUCCUUGCUGACCAAUUAAUUUCUCGCAUCGAGUACAUCCACUCUCGUAACUUCAUUCAUCGCGACGUCAAGCCUGACAACUUCCUCAUGGGCAUUGGCAAGCGAGGCAACCAGGUCAACGUUAUCGAUUUCGGUCUCGCAAAGAAGUUCCGUGAUCCCAAGACACACCUCCACAUCCCCUACCGCGAGAACAAGAACUUGACCGGUACUGCUCGCUACACCUCCAUCAACACCCACUUGGGCGUUGAGCAGGCUCGUCGUGACGACCUCGAAUCCCUUGCCUACGUCCUCAUGUACUUCCUCCGCGGUGCCCUCCCAUGGCAGGGUCUCAAGGCUGCCACCAAGAAGCAGAAGUACGACCGUAUCAUGGAGAAGAAGAUGACGACCCCUACGGAUCUCCUUUGCCGAGGAUUCCCCAACGAGUUUGGAAUCUUCUUGAACUACACUCGCGCCCUUCGCUUCGAUGACAAGCCGGAUUACUCCUACCUUCGCAAGCUCUUCCGCGACCUUUUUGUUCGCGAGGGCUACCAGUACGACUACGUCUUCGAUUGGAGCGUUCAGCGCGGUGCCCAGGAAGACGGCACCCAAGGCUCGAGUUCCAAGUCGGGUGCUCCCAGGCGCAAGGUCGUUCAAGAGGAGGACGAGCACCGUGCCAGUGACCGCAUGCUUCGCUCCCACACUCGUCAGGCUCAACAGACCGCCGUCCCUGGAGGUAGUGCUGUCCCCCAGCAGCGUGGUGCUCGAGGACGUGAUGCCGAACUCUGGUAA